GACUUCCAUAACGCUACCAGGUCCAGCCUUUCUGCCAAUCGAACAUCUUUCAUUUGUAGACUCUAACAUUCCCACGUGGGCAUCACAAUCUGAUUGGCUUACUGCAUUCUUUGAGGGCUGACCGUGUAUCUGGUUAGUUCUGGGAGCGUGAAACCGCGUGUUAAUGUAAGCAGCGCGACUGAAGAGAGUAUGCAAGCUGGACAACGCUGUUAUAUAUUUUUUUUCCCCUGAAAUGCCAACUUAUUCUCGUUUUUAGAACAUUUUACACGUGUUUUGUACGACCAACUCACAGUUUAUAUGCCUGCAAAAACUACCGGUGGAAUUGUGGACCUUGUGUGGUUGCAGGUGCAUGUGAGUUACUCUGCAGGCCGGUGUGCGUGUCCUCUUUUUAUACUAAUUUAAGUGGGACCACUGAAUUGGUUUCAUUGUCUCCCAUCUUUCCGUUUCGGCUGGAUGUUUGCUGUUCCCUCGACGGCAGUUCUUUUUUGGAGUGUUUAGUUGUGGUGCAUUCUUAAGAUCAAGUGUAAACUAAAGAGUCACAAAUGCAGUGGAGCUUCCUGUGAGUCCGGGGUUGUUUGUUGUGUUAGGUGAACCUUCUCCUUUCGGGAUCGUCUCUGUGUUUACUUUUGUCUUGACAAUAACGGACAGUCUUGAAGGCUCCUUUCGGGAUCGGAUCUUGGAGUUGUGUAGACGGGUGUACUUGCACAUUCGUUCUAUCGCGGAGGACGUCACGGUGAUGGGAUUGUUGCACUGAAGCAGAAGUUGCUCCUACUUUUGUUAUUGUUGGAGCUCACCAUCCAGGUGGGUGCGAUUCUAGUAAGGAAGGAUAACGACAGCAGCGACAAUUGAGCUACAAAGGAACAGGACGGUGGCGGAAAGGGCGAUGUUUCCUCAAAGCAGACAUCCUACGCCGCACCAGGCUGCAGGCCAGCCAUUUAAGUUCACCAUCCCAGAAUCGUUGGAUCGCAUUAAGGAAGAGUUCCAGUUCCUGCAAGCUCAGUACCACAGUCUUAAACUGGAAUGUGAGAAGCUGGCAAGUGAAAAGACUGAAAUGCAAAGGCACUACGUCAUGUAUUACGAAAUGUCAUAUGGGCUAAACAUAGAAAUGCACAAACAGACAGAAAUCGCCAAGAGGUUGAAUACGAUUUGUGCACAACUUAUCCCAUUUUUGUCUCAGGAACAUCAACAACAGGUAGCCCAAGCAGUAGAACGUGCCAAGCAGGUGACUAUGGCAGAGCUGAAUGCUAUCAUUGGACAGCAGUUACAAGCACAGCAUUUAUCGCAUGGCCAUGGCCCCCCAGUGCCUCUAACACCACAUCCAUCUGGAUUACAACCUCCAGGCAUUCCUACACUGGGAAGUAGUGCAGGUCUCCUAGCUCUCUCUAGUGCCCUGAGUGGGCAGGCUCAUUUGUCAGUGAAAGAUGAAAAGAAGCACCAUGACUUGGAGCACCACAGAGACAGAGAACCAGGCACAAGUAAUUCACUCUUGGUUGCUGACAGCCUAAGAGGAUCAGAUAAACGAAGAAAUGGGCCUGAAUACUCCAAUGAUAUAAAAAAGAGAAAAGCAGAAGACAAGGAUUCCAAUCACUAUGACAGUGAUGGAGACAAAAGUGAUGACAACUUGGUUGUGGAUGUAUCCAAUGAGGAUCCAUCUUCUCCGCGAGGUAGUCCUACUCAUUCACCACGAGAGAACGGCAUUGAUAAGAGUCGGCUGCUAAAAAAAGAUGUUUCCAGCAGUCCGGCCUCCACGGCCUCAUCUGGAAGCUCAGCAUCCUUAAAAUCUAAAGAGAUGAGUUUGCAUGAAAAAGCUGGCACGCCAGGUUUGAAGUCUAGCACCCCAACUCCUCGAAGUGAUGUGCCAAAUCCUGGAAGUAGCACUGCUUCAGGAUUGCGGCCAAGCCUGGGCAAACCUUCUGUGAUGGAUUCGCUGGCUAACCAGGCAGCUGCAGGAUUAAGGACACCUCUAACCGUUCCCAGUCCAUAUGCUACACCCUUUGGAAUGGUACCUCAUGCUGGCAUGAAUGGAGAGUUGUCAAGUCCUGGGACAGCGUACAGUCUGCAUAACAUAUCACCGCAGAUGUCUGCUGCGGCUGCUGCUGUUGUUGCUUACGGAAGAUCCCAAACGGUUGGGUAUGACCAGCAUCCUCAUAUGCGACUACCUGGAAUUCCAACAAAUCUGGCUGUCAUCCCAGGAGGAAAACCAGCCUAUUCAUUCCACGUUACUGCUGAUGGUCAGAUGCAGCCUGUUCCAUUCCCACCUGAUGCCUUAAUUGGACAAGGAAUUCCACGUCAUGCACGGCAGAUAAAUACGCUAAACCACGGAGAAGUAGUAUGUGCAGUUACCAUCAGCAAUCCUACUAGGCAUGUGUACACUGGUGGCAAAGGUUGUGUAAAGGUCUGGGAUAUCGGUCAGCCUGGCAGCAAGAGCCCUGUAUCUCAGUUAGACUGCUUGAACAGAGAUAAUUAUAUCCGAUCCUGUAAGCUGCUGCCUGAUGGUUGCACGCUCAUUGUUGGUGGGGAGGCCAGCACGUUAUCCAUUUGGGACCUAGCAGCACCGACUCCACGAAUAAAGGCUGAGCUAACAUCCUCUGCUCCUGCCUGCUAUGCACUAGCGAUCAGUCCUGACUCCAAGGUCUGCUUCUCCUGCUGUAGUGAUGGAAAUAUCGCUGUGUGGGACUUGCACAAUCAGACGCUGGUCAGGCAGUUCCAAGGCCACACGGAUGGAGCCAGCUGUAUUGACAUUUCAAAUGAUGGAACCAAGCUCUGGACAGGCGGUUUGGACAACACAGUGAGGUCCUGGGACCUAAGGGAAGGAAGGCAGUUACAGCAGCAUGAUUUCUCAUCACAGAUUUUCUCACUUGGGUACUGCCCGACUGGUGAAUGGCUGGCAGUGGGAAUGGAGAGCAGUAAUGUCGAAGUGCUGCAUGUGAACAAUCCAGACAAGUACCAGCUACACCUGCACGAGAGCUGUGUGCUGUCACUGAAAUUCGCCUACUGUGGUAAAUGGUUUGUAAGUACUGGAAAGGAUAACCUUCUUAAUGCCUGGAGGACCCCCUAUGGAGCAAGUAUAUUCCAGUCUAAGGAGUCGUCAUCAGUGCUUAGCUGUGAUAUCUCAGUGGAUGACAAAUAUAUUGUCACAGGUUCUGGAGACAAGAAGGCCACUGUGUAUGAAGUAAUAUACUGAAAAAAAAUAAAAUAAAACAAAUGGAGAAUUUGUUCUUCAUAUUCCAGUAGGGCCAAAUGUUUCUGAAGUUCCUGAUAUUUAGGGAUGCCAAUGACUUGAACUCAAGACUUGUUUUCUGGAUAACAUUGUUGGCACAUAAAGAAUUUUUAACUGAUCCAGUGACAGAAAGCCAAAAUGGACUCAAAUAAUGGAAGAACCUGAGACUUUGUUUGUUAGAGCCAGAUUCCAGGGAAGAAUGUCAGACCCUUUCGGACCUCAAUUUUUUUUUGCCUGAGUUUGUGGGACUCCUUGUUUAAUUUUAUUGUUCAGCAUUUGUUCUGUCCUUUGUAGCACAAUGGUGUCUUAAACUAAUAUGUUUCUGUUUUUAGGCUUCCUAUGAUAUUUUUGUAUUUUUGUUGAAGGUCAAUACUUGUAUAAAUUGUAAAUAUAAUUGUUUUAUUACAGUCAAUAGCAUCUUGGAAGAAUUUUUUUAAUUCUGUUUUUGUUUACAUAGGCCAGAUGUGGGCAUCCUUGUACAUAAUGAAAUGAAUUUUACAACUAGAAGAAACAUAAUAAAUGCUUUUUUAUCAAACAAA